AUGGCCUAUGGAAGAGCUCCCCCCUCUGCUAUUCCACCUCACCCUAUUGCUCAUGAGGGCAUCUUUCUACUCAAUGUUGAUGACAAGAUCUGGCAGGAUAUUGGCCUUGACGACGAUGGUAUGCAUGCACCGGCAUGGUUAUUGGAUGAGGCCACUAGGUCUGGUAUUCAUUUACAACUUGAAGUGGAUUGGUGCGUUGAGGAAGAAACUCGUUUGAUGCAAGAGUGGUCUGUGAUGCAGGAGUGGAUGUUCACAGAGUGGGAGGCCAUAAAAACUGUGUUGAGGGAUGCGGCUGAUGAUCUUGUAAUGUCAUUCCACAUCCAGGGCCGCGCAGACGAACUUCUUCACAUUUGUGUUGUCUGGAAGAAGAAAGUUCGAGAGAUCCCUUGUGUGUGGCCAGUCAAGAGUUGGGGUCCUCAAAAUGAAGACUUACUUCGAGCUGCUCAAGACCAGGUGCACUCAUCAUUUUUCCAGGACGACGAUGAUGAUGAGAGUGUUGGAGUAGAGGAAGAAAGUGACAAGGAAGGUGAUCCGGCAUAUUGUGAGGUUGGAGAUGAUGAACUAAUGGAUGCAAUUGAAGAGGUUGCAUUAGCUGAUGAGUACAGGGAUCAGGAUGAGGAUUUUGUUGAUGAUAUUGAGGAUAGUUUUAUGCCUUCAUCACCUACCAAAUUGUCACUUAAAAAACGGUGCUGCAUAUAA